AUGUCACCUUUACCUGCAUCUCAAACUAAACAUUUAAAUUCAUUAUCACAUACACUACCUUCGCCUAAUCAGAACAUAUCAGUUGAUCUUAAACAGAUAUCAUCUUCAUCUUCCACAGACGGAUCGACAAGUACUACAAGUACUGGAACUACAGGUACUACUCUAUGGCUAUCAUCUCAAAUACUCUCAUUAUACCUCUGUUCGUUGUCAUUGACGGGUUCGAGUUCGAGUUCGAGUUCGAAUACUUUGGGUACGAGUUCAGGUAGACCCGAUCCUUCAUCGUAUGAUCAUCAUGAUAUCCCAGAGGAAGACAACACAAAAACAGACACAAAAACAGACACAAACUCAAACUCAAGUGGAAAGAAGAGAGUACUGGAAUUAGGAGGUGGAAUAGGUUAUACAUCAUUAUCAAUUUAUUCAACAUUGAAUUAUCAUGAGAUUAUAACAACCGAUAUCGAACCUGUGUUGAGUAGUGUCCUCGUACCGAAUAUCCAAAAUGGAUUAAGAGUUCUAAGGGGCAGUGGAAUUGGGACUGGAACUGGGACUGGAACUGGGACUGGAACUGGAAUUGGCAUUCAUGGCGAAGAUGUUAAAAUUAAAGAGUUGGAUUGGAAUGAGAUUUCGAUAUUGUAUGAUCUUCAAAAUCGAAACCAACAAUCACAAUCACAAUCACAAUCAAAAUCACACUUGAGCAAGUUGGAAUCGAGUUCCAAUUCCACUUCCAAUUCUAAUUCAGUUGUACAACUAACCUCAGGCUCAUCUGCUGUUCAAAACCAAGAGGACCAUGUCAACAAUAUCGAAAUCGAUAUCGAUAAGCUCAACCUCAAAUAUAAUUGGCUAAGCCAAGGCUUCGAUAUGAUCAUAAUGUCAGAUACGUUUUAUUCAUCUUCAUUGAUAUUACCUUUAUGGCAAACGUUAUUAUACAUUUCGAAUAUAUCGUCAAACCAAAGCCAAAGCCAAAACCAAAACCUAAAUCCUGUUCCAGAUUCAGAUUCAAAUCCAAAAACAAACAAAAGUCCAAAUCCAGAACUCACAACGAAAACAAAGACAAAAAUAAAAACAAAGACACCAAUCAUCUAUAUAGGGAUAGAGAGGAGAGAUCCAAGACUGAUCGAAGAAGCAUUGGAUAUAGGUAAAAAAUUAGGAUUCGAUUUGAAGAAAAUAAACAAAAGUAGAUUAAGUAAAGAAGUCUUAAACCAAUAUAAAGAUUGGACAUCAGAUGAUUGGUUGGGUGUGGAAAUUUGGAAAGGUCGUUUGAAAAUUUAA